UUGUAAUAUUUUUACGAAAAUGUAAUAUUUAUGUUUAAAUUAAUUGUGUUAUAUGAAAAACACUGUCUGAAUAAGAUAUUUAGAGGAGAGUUUCGUUCGAAAAUAGAUUAUCAUUAGAGUCCACAAUGGGCAGCGGGCAGUCCGUCCGCGCCUCGCACUUCUCCCGACCGCAGGCGCCACCAACGGACGAGCAGGAACCCCACAUCAGCAUCUCCAACAAAAUGGUAGAACGGCUUGUAGAAGACGCUACCCUCGCUGGAGGAGCGGCGGCAACGCCGGUGACGCGCAAGCCACGGGAGGAUCUCAAGGACAAGAUACUCACGGAAAAAAUGAAGUGUCUGGAUGAGACGCACUCGGAGAGGAGCAAAAUAACAGUGGAUGACAUCAACUCACUGGUGCGCCGCAUAGAGAUGCGGUCCUCUAAUUUGCCGAGUCUCGAGCCCGUGUGCCCCGAUUACCAGCAGCGCAUUAUCGACUGCUACAAUGAGGGGGAGGAAGGAGGAGAUGUUGUGCAAUGUUGGAAUACCAUCGGUGAGUUUUCCCAAUGUGUAGCGGCGGCGGGCGCGGCCCGGCUACAAGCGCAGUCACGGCUCGCAGCAACAGCGCAGACACGGCGACACAAUCUUACCGUACGAGGUGAUGGCCGCGGCUUGUCGCCGUGA